GUCACGUGGGUAGGCUGCUCUUCGGCGGCGUCCUUCCCGACCGGGACGCACUCUCCUUCCCGCCUGUGAGGACCGCGUCGCUUUGUCCGAAAGACAGUGUGGCCUGCUCGAGUCGCGUCGGAGCGUCUAGCCACCGGGUGGCCGGGGGUGGGACUGCCUGUUUGGAUUACUGGGAAGACCUUGGCGUCCUCCCCACACCUGCUCCCCAAAGUUGGGUCGAGCAGAUUGACCGAGAUGGAGCGUAUUUCCCGUAGAAACACCGUUUUGCCUCGAAAAUGUAUUAGACGUGAAUAUGAAUUGUAAUCUACUGAGAUUUAAUGGAAAACUUGCAGUGCCUUCGCCCCGACCAGGGUGCGUCCCACCUGCCGUCCCUUUGAACAGAGGACUCCGUGUUAGGGUUUCUUUGUGCCUUGUCUUGCAGUCCGUACUUUGAGGCUGAUUUCCAGGCAGUUGUGAAAAACUUCAGGACAAAAAUGUUUCAUUUAAGGACUUGUGCUACUAAGCUGAGGCCAUUGACGGCCUCCCAGACUGUUAAGACAUUUUCACAAAACAGACCAGCAGCAGCUAGGACAUUUCAACAGAUUCGGUGCUAUUCUGCACCGGUUGCUGCUGAGCCCUUUCUCAGUGGGACUAGUUCAAACUAUGUGGAGGAGAUGUACUGUGCUUGGCUGGAAAACCCCAAAAGUGUACAUAAGUCAUGGGACAUUUUUUUUCGCAACACGAAUGCCGGAGCCCCACCGGGCACUGCCUACCAGAGUCCCCUUCCCCUGAGCCGAGGCUCCCUGGCUGCUGUGGCCCAUGCACAGUCCCUGGUGGAAGCACAGCCCAAUGUGGACAAGCUCGUGGAGGACCACCUGGCGGUGCAGUCUCUCAUCAGGGCGUAUCAGAUACGAGGGCACCAUGUAGCACAGCUGGACCCCCUGGGGAUUUUGGAUGCUGAUCUGGACUCCUCCGUGCCCGCUGACAUUAUCUCAUCCACAGACAAACUUGAUCUUGCAGUUUUCAAGGAACGACUUCGAAUGCUAACAGUAGGAGGGUUCUACGGCCUGGACGAGUCUGACCUCGACAAGGUCUUCCACUUGCCCACCACCACUUUCAUUGGGGGGCAGGAGUCAGCGCUUCCUCUGCGGGAGAUCAUCCGUCGUCUGGAGAUGGCCUACUGCCAGCACAUUGGGGUGGAGUUCAUGUUCAUCAAUGACCUGGAGCAGUGCCAGUGGAUCCGGCAGAAGUUUGAGACCCCCGGGAUCAUGCAGUUCACAAAUGAGGAGAAGCGGACCCUGCUGGCCAGGCUUGUGCGGUCCACCAGGUUUGAGGAGUUCCUACAGCGGAAGUGGUCCUCUGAGAAGCGCUUUGGUCUAGAAGGCUGUGAGGUGCUGAUUCCUGCCCUCAAGACCAUCAUUGACAAGUCAAGUGAGAACGGUGUGGACUACGUGAUCAUGGGCAUGCCACACAGAGGGCGGCUUAACGUGCUUGCAAAUGUCAUCAGGAAGGAGCUGGAACAGAUCUUCUGUCAAUUUGAUUCAAAGCUGGAGGCAGCUGAUGAGGGCUCUGGAGAUGUGAAGUACCACCUGGGUAUGUAUCACCGCAGGAUCAACCGUGUGACCGACAGGAACAUUACCCUGUCCCUGGUGGCCAACCCUUCCCACCUUGAAGCCGCUGACCCUGUGGUAAUGGGCAAGACCAAAGCUGAGCAGUUUUACUGUGGGGACACUGAAGGGAAAAAGGUCAUGUCCAUCCUGUUGCAUGGGGAUGCUGCAUUUGCUGGCCAGGGCAUCGUGUACGAGACCUUCCACCUCAGCGAUCUGCCAUCCUACACAACUCAUGGCACCGUGCACGUGGUCGUCAACAACCAGAUCGGCUUCACCACCGACCCUCGGAUGGCCCGCUCCUCCCCCUACCCCACCGACGUGGCCCGAGUGGUGAAUGCCCCCAUUUUCCACGUGAACUCAGAUGACCCCGAAGCUGUCAUGUAUGUGUGCAAAGUGGCGGCCGAGUGGAGGAGCACCUUCCACAAGGAUGUGGUUGUCGAUUUGGUGUGUUACCGGCGCAACGGCCACAACGAGAUGGACGAGCCCAUGUUCACGCAGCCACUCAUGUACAAGCAGAUCCGCAAGCAGAAGCCCGUGCUGCAGAAGUACGCCGAGCUGCUGGUGUCGCAGGGCGUGGUCAACCAGCCCGAGUAUGAGGAGGAAAUUUCCAAGUAUGAUAAGAUCUGUGAGGAAGCUUUUGCCAGAUCUAAAGAUGAGAAGAUCUUGCACAUUAAGCACUGGCUGGACUCCCCCUGGCCUGGCUUCUUCACCCUGGACGGGCAGCCCAGGAGCAUGUCCUGUCCCUCCACGGGUCUGACAGAGGAUAUUCUGACACACAUCGGGAACGUGGCUAGCUCUGUGCCUGUGGAAAACUUCACUAUUCAUGGAGGGCUGAGCCGGAUCUUGAAAACUCGUGGGGAAAUGGUGAAGAACCGGACUGUGGACUGGGCUUUGGCGGAGUACAUGGCAUUUGGCUCGCUCCUGAAGGAGGGCAUCCACAUCCGGCUGAGCGGCCAGGACGUGGAGCGGGGCACAUUCAGCCACCGCCACCAUGUGCUCCAUGACCAAAACGUGGACAAGAGAACCUGCAUCCCCAUGAACCACCUCUGGCCCAACCAGGCCCCCUACACCGUGUGCAACAGUUCACUGUCUGAGUACGGCGUGCUGGGCUUUGAGCUGGGCUUCGCCAUGGCCAGUCCUAAUGCCCUGGUUCUCUGGGAAGCCCAGUUUGGUGACUUCCACAACACGGCUCAGUGCAUCAUCGACCAGUUUAUCUGCCCUGGACAAGCCAAGUGGGUGCGGCAGAAUGGCAUCGUGUUACUGCUGCCACAUGGCAUGGAGGGCAUGGGUCCAGAACAUUCCUCAGCCCGCCCAGAGCGGUUCCUGCAGAUGUGCAAUGAUGACCCAGACGUCCUGCCGGACCUUCAGGAAGCCAACUUCGACAUCAAUCAGCUGUAUGACUGCAAUUGGGUUGUUGUCAACUGCUCCACCCCUGGCAACUUCUUCCACGUGCUGCGACGCCAGAUCCUGCUGCCCUUCCGGAAGCCGUUAAUUAUCUUCACCCCUAAAUCCCUGUUGCGCCACCCUGAGGCCAGAUCGAGCUUUGAUGAGAUGCUACCAGGAACCCACUUCCAGCGGGUGAUCCCAGAGGAUGGCCCUGCAGCCCAGAACCCGGAGAACGUCAGAAGGCUUCUCUUCUGCACUGGCAAGGUGUACUAUGACCUCACCCGGGAGCGCAAAGCACGUGACAUGGUGGGGCAGGUGGCCAUCACAAGGAUCGAGCAGCUGUCGCCAUUCCCCUUUGACCUCCUGCUGAAGGAGGUGCAGAAGUACCCCAAUGCUGAGCUGGCCUGGUGCCAGGAGGAGCACAAGAACCAAGGCUACUACGACUACGUGAAGCCGAGACUUCGGACCACCAUCAGCCGCGCCAAGCCCGUCUGGUAUGCCGGCCGGGACCCAGCAGCUGCUCCAGCCACCGGCAACAAGAAGACCCACCUGACAGAGCUGCAGCGCCUCCUGGACACGGCCUUCGACCUGGAUGUCUUCAAGAACUUGUCAUAGAUGCUGCCUAGGGUUGCUUGGGCCACUGCCCUCUCCACACCCAUGACUGCCCCUUGCUUCUCAACUAAAGAAUAGUGCCUCCGCGCAGCCCACACCGCCGCCUUCCUCGCUGUGCCACACCCCUCCCUCUGCUCUCGUAGGAGUUAGGCUAUCGUCCCCUCCAGUGCUUGGCUGCCCCACAGGCCACACGCUGCCCAGGCUUCGCUGACUUCUGAGCAGUUUUCCAGGAGGCCGUGGGGGAGCAGGAGGAGAAAGGUAGCCCCUGAGGGAUGUCCUUGGGGAGGGGUCAGCUCUGGCCCCAACCCUCCCCACCAGUGUCACCCCCUCGGGUAGGGACUGGGCCUCGUGUGGCUUCCUAGUUUGCUGGCAACCCCUGCCACCCAGCAAGGCACAGGCCCCUGUAUUUGGGACUAGGAUAGCUUCGUCUUAAGGCUGAGCUUUAGAAUCUGUAGAGGAGCCUAGAGUGAGAUCUAGCCAUGGCUGGCAGAGGUUUCUAGGCUGGGCCCCAGCUGUGGUAUGAACUGAGGAUGACACAGGGCAGCUGGCAGAGAGCCUUGGUGUGACCUGGCACAGAGGGCAGCUUUGGUCUCUGCAGUAUCCAUUCUCUGCUGUUUUUUCAAGGGUUUCAGGCUGUGUGUGGGGCCCAAGCAUGCCCCACCCACCCCGCCUGGGCUCAGACAGGACCUGGAGCCUACUGAGUCUGUGCAUGGCCAGGAAGGCCCGCUCAGGUUGCCACCGCAGGGGAACUGGCUGUGCUGUCUUGGUCCUGUUAACCCUCCACCUCCCCCACCUCCUCCCUCGGCCUCCUGCCCACCCCACCACUCUUUCUUUCUCCUUUAACCCAGUGGAGACUUUCAGAUGCAUCAUUUUCUUUGCUGUGCCAAAGCAGGUCAGAAGAGGGAGAGGAGGGGCCGGGGAUGAGGGGCAGGCCAUGGCCAAGGGGCCAGCUCCCCCCCAUUCAUCACUCUGACCUUCACAGGGACAGAUCUGAUUUAUUUAUUUUGGUUAAAAAAACAAAAAGGAACAGAAACAAUUUUGCAUUGCAUUGGCUUGACUCAUAAACUAAGUUAUCCGCA